CUAUGACUGUCCGUAACGGAGGAAAUGUGCUGGUUCCCUGUUACCCCUCUGGAGUAAUAUAUGAUCUGCUGGAGUGCUUAUAUCAGUAUAUUGACUCUGCUGGACUCUCCAACGUCCCUUUUUAUUUCAUCUCACCUGUUGCCAACAGCUCACUUGAGUUCUCCCAGAUCUUUGCUGAAUGGUUGUGUCAUAACAAACAAACAAAGGUAUAUCUUCCAGAACCUCCUUUUCCCCAUGCUGAGCUCAUUCAGACAAACAAAUUGAAACAUUAUCCCAGCAUCCAUGGAGACUUCAGCAAUGACUUCAAGCAGCCAUGUGUUGUGUUCACUGGACAUCCCUCUCUUAGAUUUGGAGAUGUGGUUCACUUCAUGGAGUUAUGGGGAAAAUCUAGCUUGAACACUGUUAUAUUCACAGAACCAGAUUUCUCUUAUCUGGAUGCCCUGGCUCCUUAUCAACCUUUGGCGAUGAAAUGUGUUUACUGUCCCAUUGACACAAGACUGAAUUUUAUUCAGGUGUCUAAGUUACUCAAAGAAGUCCAGCCUCUCCACGUAGUUUGCCCGGAGCAAUACACUCAGCCACCACCCACCCAGUCUCACCGCACAGAUCUGAUGAUAGACUGCCAGCCUCCGCCAAUGUCCUACCGCAGAGCAGAGGUGCUGACUCUUCCCUACAAGCGGCGCUAUGAGAAGAUCGAAAUCAUGCCAGAAGUGAGUAACAAAAGUGAGGAAAAAGAUGGUGGCUUCUUGCUCAUACAGCCAUAUUCAAGCUACUGCUUCAGUAGCCUCUUUGACUAA